AUGUGAUGAUGUAUCUCCAAGUUUAAAGUGUCAUUCAUCAGUUUGUGAGAAAGUGGCAUUUAGAAGGAUUAAAUCCAAGGAUAGAGCUGAUAAUGAGCGAAACGAGAGGGAUAAAUGUGAUCUAUUGGAUUAUUCUCACCCAGGAAAGCAGAUCGAACCUCGUCAUGAUCUUGAAAUGUCACGUGUUCCACAUGCGUAGCUGUCAAUUUUUCAUACUACAUUUCUUAUAUUCCAGGUUAUUCAUCAGUGACGUCGUCUGCUCUUUAAGCGCGGCGAUUCUGAACUGUCAGAUUUUUUUAUCGACUGUAAUUAUUUGAAAGUGACAUUUGAAACAUGUUUGUGUUGCCGGUGAAUCGAAUUUUAACCUGAGAUAUAACGUGGUCGAAAUAUUUCAUAAUUACUAUAAAAAAUUCAUGAUGGAAGAUACGAUACCGAAGUUCGAUCUCAAGGAAAUAAAAUGUGAUCUUUUAAAAGCUAUGAAAGAAUGUUCUCAGAGAGGGUUAACACACUCUACAAAAUGGCUUGCGGAGCUCAACGUUUCACUGAUAGACGUCAAGCUUGAAGGGCACGACGUGACUGUAGAUGUCAGUUUCACAGACACAAGUGAAGAUGAAGAUUUGUACUUGUUAGCUAAGAGCUACUUUGACAACAAGGAGUAUGAUAGGGCUUCAUACUUCACAGCUCGUUGUAAAACACCUAAAGCAAGAUUUCUACACUUAUAUUCACGGUACUUGUCAGGGGAGAAGAAAAAGAUAGAUGAUAUGACAGAUUUACCGCCUAAUCCACUGGAUAACGAGAAUCUUAAACAGCUGUGCGCUGAUCUGCGGAAUUAUCAUUUAGCUGGUAAUUUAGAUGGCUUUGGUCUCUACUUGUUUGGAGUUGUCUUGAAAAAGUUGCACCUAGAAAGAGAAGCAAUUGAUGUCUUUGUUGAUUCCGUUCGAAAACAGCCCAUGCAUUGGGGAGCCUGGUUAGAGCUUGUGGCUCUUGUUACCGAUAGAGAAAAACUAGAGAAUUUGAGUCUCCCUAAUCAUUGGAUGAAAAAGUUUUUUUUGGCACACCUCUACCUCGAAUUACAACUCAUAGAUGAAGGCAUGGCUGUCUACUGCGAACUCCAGUCAAUGGGGUUUGAAAAAAAUGGAUAUGUGCUGGCACAGAUGGCAAUUGCCGUCCAUUAUAAACGAGACGUUGAUGCCUCUAUAGAAGCAUUUAAAAGGAUAAUAAAAGAUGAUCCUUACUGCCUUGACAAUAUGGACACAUACUCGAAUUUACUUUAUGUAAAGGAAUUAAAAGUCGAAUUAGCACAUUUAGCACAUAGAGCAACUAAAAUUGAUAAAUACAGACUAGAGACUUGUUGCAUCAUAGGAAAUUACUACAGCUUACGAGCGGAUCACCAAAAAGCAGCACUAUAUUUUCAGCGAGCCCUGAAGUUGAAUCCACAAUAUUUAUCUGCUUGGACUUUGCUCGGACAUGAGUUUAUGGAAAUGAAAAAUACAAACGCUGCCAUUCACAGCUACAGACAAGCAAUCGAGGUGAAUCGACGAGACUACAGAGCUUGGUAUGGCUUAGGUCAGACCUACGAAAUUCUCAAAAUGCCCUUCUAUGGUUUAUAUUACUAUAAACAAGCACAGCUACUCAGGCCACAUGACAGUAGAAUGGUACUUGCUCUGGGUGAAGCAUACGAAAAGCAGGAAAAAAUACAAGAUGCUUUGAAGUGUUACUACAAAGCUUGCAAUGUAGGAGAUAUUGAAGGAAUGGCUUUGAUAAAAUUAGCCAAGCUGUACGAAAAAUUGGGAGAACACGAUCACGCAGCAGCUGCUUAUACAGAAUUUGUUAUGGACGAGCAAAGACACGCUGAAAGGACUGACUUGAGUCAUGCUUACAAGUAUUUGACUCAGUAUCACUUGAAAUUUGAUCAGCUUGAACAGGCCAAUCAUUAUGCUCAAAAAUGUUUGCAAUUUGACGACACCAAAGAAGAAGCUAAAGUCCUACUCAGAACUAUUGCCUAUAAACGAUCUAAGGUCACGGUGAACCCUAUGGUGAUUGAGGAUAUGAACGAAACUGAUCCAGUAGGAGGUGAUGUGAGCAAUCGAACAGAAGGUACACCAGGUAAUCAAUCAAGUCCUAUGAACCUUUCUUUUACCCCAACACAAUAGUAGAAUUAAUUGAUACUAGGUUAAAAAAAGUGAUCUCUUCAGAUACAAUGUCAUUUGUAAAUAUAAAUCCGUCGCCUAAAUAGUAACUCAUUACAGUUCAUAGCGAAAUUUUAAUAAUAAUUAUCUACACUGUAUAUCUUUGAAUACAAAAAUUGAAAUCAAAGCUGCUCUAGUAAUUUUUCCAAAUCAAAUUUACUACUAAUUAAAUAUUCUUCGAAAUUCCAUAUUCAGUAAGUAUUCUUGAAAUUCAUUCAACAAUUCUUUGAAUAUAUUCAGGUAAUUAAUCACCUUUGAUGUUUAUUACUUUAACGAUGAUGCAAUUCCAAGUGUCUAUUGAACUUUUGCUUCAAUCCACAUUUGAAUCCGCUAUUGUAGGAUUAGCAAAUUUAAUAACAACCAUUUAGGCUUUGUAACUGAAUUACACGGUCUCGAGAAAUCAUGCACCCGUCUUUGAGGAUCAAUCACUGUUGCAAUUACGGAUAAUACCGCAUUUCAGGUAAAAUUGUUUCUGUUUAUUCACAUGUCGUCAAAACAUUAAGUUUAGGAUUUGUAUGUACAUCGCUAAUAAAUACUAUUAUAUACAU